GACCAGCCUCCCACUGGCCUUUCCCCUCGAUCCUUUGCCUGCCUGCCUCCUUCGGCAUUCGUGAACAUUCACGCGGCGGCGAUCGGCGAAGAUCCCGCCACGGCCUUGCCCUGCCUCCGCAAACCCCGCCCUCUAGCACAACCCCGUCCCACUCCAUGCCAAUGGCGUCGGCGGCGGCGCCGGCCUCUUUCUCCCUGGCUCGCCCGGCCGUCCGCCGGGCCCUGGCCUCGGCCGCCACCGCCACCGUGAAGUUCCGCCGAGCGGGCCUGGCUGCCGCGUGCCCGCCGGCGCGGUCGCUGGGCUCCUUUUCCCUCGGCGACGGCGCCGACCGGCGUCUGCCGAUCCACGUCCCGCCGCGCUGCCGCUCGGAGUCGUCGGCGGGGCGCGAGGCGCGCGCCGCGGCGACGAUGGCUAAGAAGAGCGUGGGCGACCUCGCCGCCGCGGACCUCGAGGGGAAGCGCGUGCUCGUGCGCGCCGACCUCAACGUGCCCCUCGACGACAGGCAGAACAUCACCGACGACACUCGCGUCCGCGCCGCCAUCCCCACAAUCAAGCACCUCGUUACCAAUGGCGCCAAGGUCAUCCUCUGCAGUCAUCUGGGUCGUCCUAAGGGUGUUACUGCCAAGUUUAGCUUAGCACCCCUUGUACCAAGGUUGUCUGAACUUCUAGGUAUACAGAAGGUGCAAAAGGCAGAUGAUGUUAUUGGUCCAGAAGUUGAGAAAUUGGUGUCUGAACUACCAAACGGUAGCAUUUUACUCCUUGAAAAUGUUAGAUUCUACAAGGAGGAAGAGAAGAACGACCCAGAGUUUGCGAAGAAGCUUGCCUCCCUAGCAGAUCUUUAUGUAAACGAUGCCUUUGGAACUGCUCACAGAGCACAUGCGUCAACUGAGGGAGUUACCAAGUUCUUGAAGCCCUCAGUUGCAGGGUUUCUUUUGCAGAAGGAGCUUGAUUACCUUGUAGGCGCUGUUUCAAAUCCUAAACCACCAUUUGCUGCCAUUGUUGGUGGCUCCAAAGUAUCGUCUAAGAUCGGAGUUAUAGAAUCACUAUUGGCGAAAUGUGACAUCCUUCUUCUGGGUGGUGGUAUGAUCUUCACGUUUUACAAGGCACAGGGAUUCUCAGUAGGCUCUUCCUUGGUUGAAGCUGACAAGCUCGAGCUUGCGACCUCUCUCCUUUCAAAAGCUAAGGAGAAGGGUGUCUCCCUUAUGUUGCCAACUGAUGUGGUCGUCGCCGAUAAGUUUGCUCCUGAUGCUAGAAGUCAGGUUGUUCCAGCAUCUGCAAUUCCUGAUGGAUGGAUGGGUCUAGAUAUAGGUCCAGAUUCGAUUUCGGCAUUCAGUUCUGCCCUGGAAACUACUCAGACAGUCAUUUGGAAUGGACCCAUGGGAGUUUUCGAAUUCAAGAAGUUUGCAGUUGGAACCGAGGCAAUUGCAAAGAAGUUAGCUGAGCUUAGUGGCAAGGGUGUCACAACAAUAAUUGGAGGUGGUGACUCCGUUGCAGCUGUAGAGAAAGUAGGAGUUGCUGAUGUUAUGAGCCACAUUUCAACUGGGGGUGGUGCGAGUUUGGAGUUGCUGGAAGGGAGGGAACUCCCAGGAGUAGUUGCGCUGGACGAAGCUUAGUUCCUGCGCUGCCACUCUACAAUGAAACGUUGAUAACAUUUUACGAUUUCUUUCAGUUUCUGUAGAUUGGUUUGAGAUCUAAAGAGUGUGAUGUUUGUCAGAGUUUCUCGAAUUGCUCGAACAAUCUGCUAAUACUGCGCUGCCACUCUACAAUGAAACGUUGAUAACAUUUUACGAUUUCUUUCAGUUUCUGUAGAUUGGUUUGAGAUCUAAAGAGUGUGAUGUUUGUCAGA